AUGAGCUCUUUCUGGGAUUGCGUUGUCCUGCUCCUGGGUGGACUUGCGGUACUCAGGACGGAUGGCUUUGCAGCUCAAAAUAAGAACAAUAUCCCCAGGCUUAAGCUCUCGUAUAAAGAAAUGCUGGAGUCCAAUAACCUGGAGACAUUCGAAGGCCUCUCAAACAGCUCGUCCUACCACACCUUUCUUCUGGACGAGGAGAAGGGCCGGCUGCUGGUGGGAGCCAAGGACCACAUCUUCUCCUUCAACCUCGUCAACAUCAGCAAAGAAUACACACAGAUUCCAUGGUUGGCCGCACCAAACCGACGGGAUGAAUGCAAAUGGGCGGGAAAAGAUCUAUCGAGAGAGUGCUCAAACUUCAUCAAGGUUCUUCAGCCGUUCAACCACACUCACGUUUAUGCAUGUGGGACAGGCGCCUUCCACCCUGUGUGCACCUAUCUGGAGGUGGGACGCAAGCCAGAGGAUGGCAUUUUCCGGCUGGGGCACCACGUGGAGAACGGUCGUGGGAAAAGCCCGUACGAUCCCCGGCUCUCCACCGCCUCAAUGCUGAUCGAUGGGGAGUUGUACGCAGGCACCUCGGCAGACUUCAUGGGCAGGGACUUUGCCAUCUUCAGGACACUGGGGAGGCACCAUCCAAUCAGGACGGAGCAGCACGACUCGCGCUGGUUAAAUGACCCACGGUUUGUGGGAGUGCACCAGAUCUCAGAAAGCGACAAUCCCGAAGACGACAAGAUCUACCUGUUUUUCCGAGAGCACGCCAUGGACGGAGAGUACGCCGGGAAGGCCACGUACGCUCGCAUCGGACAGCUCUGCAAGAACGACUUGGGAGGCCACCGGAGCCUGGUGAACAAGUGGACCACGUUUUUAAAAGCUCGCCUCGUCUGCUCCGUGCCCGGCAGUAACGGCAUCGACACGCACUUUGACGAACUGCAGGACGUCUUCCUGAUGAGCACAAAGGACCCCAAGAGCCCUCUGGUCUACGCCGUCUUCACCACCUCCAGUAACAUCUUCAAAGGCUCGGCGGUGUGCAUGUACAGUAUGGCGGACAUCAGGAGGGUUUUCCUGGGUCCCUACGCUCACAGAGAUGGGCCCAACUACCAGUGGGUGCCGUUCCAGGGGCGUGUCCCGUACCCCCGGCCCGGGACCUGUCCGAGCAAAACGUUUGGAGGCUUUGACACGACAAAGGACCUUCCGGACGAGGUGGUGACGUUCGCACGAGCCCAUCCUGCCAUGUUUAACCCCAUCUACCCCAUCAACAACCGGCCCAUCAUGGUGAAGAGCGACGUAGACUACCAGUUCACCCAGAUCGUGGUGGACAAGGUGGAGGCCGAGGACGGGCUCUACGACGUCAUGUUCAUCGGCACAGACAUCGGGACCAUCCUGAAGGUGGUGUCCAUUCCCAGAGGCUCUUGGCACGAUCUGGAGGAGGUCCUGCUCGAGGAGAUGACUGUCUUUAGAGAGCCCACUGCCAUCACCGCAAUGGAGCUGUCCACCAAACAGCAACAGCUGUACUUGGGCUCGGACAUGGGCGUGUCCCAGAUGCCGCUGCACCGCUGUGAGGUUUACGGUAAAGCCUGCGCUGAGUGCUGCCUGGCCCGGGACCCCUACUGCGCCUGGGACGGCUCUGAGUGCUCCCGAUACUUCCCCAUGGCCAAGAGGAGGACCAGAAGGCAGGACAUCAGGAACGGAGACCCGCUCACACAGUGCUCCGACUUACAGCACGACGAGGAGGCGAACGGGCUGACCACGCUGCAGGACAAGACGGUAUACGGAGUGGAGAACAGCAGCACCUUCCUAGAGUGUAGCCCUAAGUCUCAGAGAGCGCGCACCCACUGGCAGUACCAGCGCUCUGGAGAAGAACGCAGAGAGGAGGUGAAAUCUGGCGAACGCUUCAUCUGCACCGACCAGGGCCUGCUGAUCCGCACCCUCUCCAAGUCCGACUCGGGUGUGUACAUCUGCCAGGCUGUCGAGCACGGCUUCAUGCAGACACUUCUUAAACUCACCCUUGAGGUCAUCGGCACGGAGCGCCUGGACACCCUCCUCCAACGUGAUGACGAGAGGAGCACACCCAGCGUGUACGCACCGCCCCCCCAAGAGUCGCCCAAUCAGAGGCUGUGGUACCGGGACUUCCUGUCACUCGUCAACCACCCCACUCUGCACAGCGUGGACGAGUUCUGCGAGCAAAUCUGGAAGCGCGAACGCAAGCACCGCAAGCAGAAGGCGCACACGAUCCAACAGCAGCAGCAGAGUAAGACGUUAGCGGCUCCCAGCGUUCAAGUGCGCAGCCAAAUGCACACUCCCAGUUUGGCCGCCAAGUGGAAACAUCUUCAGGACAGGCAGAAGGGAAGGAAUCGGAGGACCCAUGAUAUACAGAGAGCUCCACGUAGCGUCUGA